ACAUUUAUGUACAUAUGUAUGUAUGUUAUCUAAAUACCUUUUAUUGGAAACGAAAAAAUUAGUAUUUAAGCUGCGAUAAGAGCGUUGAUUAGAAGAAACUAAGGGCUGCAAAAACUAGAUAAAAGAAAAAAAGCGCCGCUUCGAUCGACGCUCUUAUAUUUUAUAUCGCAGCUCCAACAUAAACAUGCCCCAGCCAAUCUGAUUGAAGAGCCAUCUACAACUUUUUCGUCACUAUCACUAAUUAGACAGGUGGAAGAAGCUAAAGGCGAAUAGGCUUGUUCCCCGCAGUAUAGUUAUCGUAGCAUACACGUGUCAUUUAGGUGUAUGCGAAAGGUGACGUAGUAUAGGAAGCCGUUAGUUGGAUGCAAUAACUGAGGUGGCGCUUGAAUCAGUUUCUGUUUAGUUUAAUUUUCGAUCAAACAUAGGCUGUUUUACCGAUACGGAAUUCGGAGUUCAGCCUCGACGCAUUUUCAUUGCUACCACUAACAAUAAGAAUGCUGUAAUAAACUGAAACUGAUGAAACUUAUCGUUAUAAUAAAAUUCAGAUAAUUCAAUAUCACGCAUAAUAUGUACAUGUACUUGUGCAAUAUAUUGAAAUAGUUAGUCACAAUCACAAUAAAUAAGUACUUAUCCGAGUUUGCAUCAUGACCAAUCUUUCUUUCAACGAACGAACGAAUGAAUGAAUGAAUGAAUGAACAUCGGACGACAAAGGUUACCAACGUUAACAUUUUAUUCGUCAUAGAGGACGCCGAUGUCGCUCUCAACUUGUUUUCAUCGUGGCGUUCUCUUCGUUACUGUUCGUUACUCUUUUCGUAUCGUCGUAUUCAAACUGCUACUGUGAUUAUUGUUACAAUGUUCAUCUCAUUAUUAUAUUUUCAUUAAAUGUGUUAUUAAUCGUUGUACACUUUCAUUAUUAGUUUUGAUAUAAUGGCGUCACCGGCUCCGCCAUUAUAGUUUAGAUUUUAGACAAUCGGUAAGAGUAAACGUUAAAAUUUUCUACACUUGUGAGAAACUGCUUACCGCAUCACCAAAAUGCCAAAAACUCGGUUAGUUACACGUUCGGCGUCGAACAGUCGUCCAUCUCAUAUGACGUUAAAUCUGGAGUGUACAGAGGAGCCACUUAGCGAAGCCCAAUUAACGUUACGAUUAGAAUUGAAGGAAAAUUAUGACAGAGUAGCUGCUACUUUAGAAGAAUUGGUUAAAGAUCAUGGAGGUAAAUUGGUAUGCCAAGCUGGCAAUGUCAACGGUUAUCAAUAUACAUUGCCUCCAACUCCUGCACAAGCAGUGGUUAAAAAUAAUCCUCAACCCAUUGUAAACAUAAAUCAAAGUAAAAGUCAACCUAUUAAGCUCAAUGUAUUAAAUAACUCGAAUGGCUCUCAAGGCAACAUACAGUUGGUUGUGGAUUCACGAAUGGGAGUCAUUUUAGGAUCUGUACCUCAGCCUCAAGGAACCACUAUAACAACUGUUCCAUCAAGCUCAGUAUCUACGCCAAUGGUAACACCAGGAUCAACAUCGGUAUCUACAGUAACAGCCAUGUCUACCGUUACGCAUUCCCAAACGGAAAAUUAUAAAUAUACUCGAUCUGGACGCAGAACAAAGGUUCUUCAAGUGCAACAACCUGACGUUAUAGAGGAACCAGCCCUGAUUGCUCGUGGAAGACAAAAAUUAGGAUGUUCAACGCAUGUUGUCACACCAACUACUACAAGUCCCCAAGGUGUUACUAAUCUUAGGAUAAAAACUGUCAAUAAACAACAAAUUGCAUCAGCAGUGACGUCAACGUCGACGACUGUGAGCACGAGCACAGAAUCAUCUAGCAGACUAACUAUCACAAAACCAACUGAACAUACAAGCAUCGGUGGAAUAGCGGUUGGAAGUAAAAAUUCAGCUUGCGAUCAAGUCGAUGAAUCGAAGAAGAAUCAUCCUGACGGUAGAGAAGUGACUUUUAACAAAAUGAACGGAGGUAGAACAUUUCCUUCUUUGGUUGUUAUAGCUAGACCGAGCCUUCGCACGAAGGAUAUCGCGCCACAGAUAGCCCAAAAGGAAAGAUCGGAGUUAGAUAUGAAAGUAAAGAGUGUACUCAUGUUUUCGGCCACAAAGUUCGCCGAAUGGUUGAUACAGCAAGGAUUAGUGAAAUCUGAACAAUAUUGUGCUCAACACAGCAAUAGUUAUCAAAAAACUAAAUUAAAAUUGGGAAUGUACAGCGAUCAAGGUACAUUUCCAUAUUCGGGAGGAUACGUGUGGAUUUCAAGCUGUUGUCCGGAUCGUUUCGUUUCUGUCUUUUCCGGUUCGAUAUUUCAAGGGGCAACUUACACGCCCACUGUUCUGCUAAAAUUAAUUUAUCAUUGGGCGUGUCAGACGAAUGUUCAGAACGUUAUUUCUUGGGUGAAAGUGUCAAAUGUAUACGUGAAAAAUUUUUAUACGCAUUUACGUAGUGUUUGCACAGCCGCAAUUUCGGAUAAAGCUCGAAAAAUGGGGGGUAAGAAUUCAGUAAUACAAGUUGGGGUAAUUAGUUUAGGUACAACGUCGCAAGAUGGAAACCUACGGCAAGUUAAGGUCGAGGUGCUCGGCGUAUUGGACUAUACCACCCUCGAUUUAAGAUUAAGAGCAUGCGAUCCGGUGCAGGACGGCGAUCGAUCGUAUAAACAGCGAUUCAAUAACAUUUUACAUCCGUUGAAAGAAUGGGUACAUACAGAUUCGAAAAUUAUGACGGAUUUCACCGUUGAUAGAAACACGCUCGAAGAAAUGGGUUUUUAUCACGUUACGCAAUCAGCAUUUUCCGACCAAACUUCCCGAAAUUUUAUGAGCAACUAUCAUAUAAUGGAAUAUUUAAGAAAAAUUGUUCCACGAAUGUUCCAAAAUACCCUCAGUUUACUCAACAGGCAAAUGAUACAACAGUUCCUGGACGAACUGGUGUGGAGAGAAAUAUACGGCUCGACCGCUGCCCGAGCAUUCGACAACAUAAUAGCACAUAUUGCCGAGCAAACAAAGAUCGAUUCAAACGAAUGCCUUUUAGAUCGUUUGACCAAGAUAGCUGCCAAUCCUUUUCAUAAUUGGUCCUAUUCAAACGCGAAUUUACCACCGUUAACGCCUCUUGUAACGAUCAACAAAGAUGAAACGCAAUCAAACAACGAAGUUUUCAUCCAAGCUAGCGGUAACGCGAAACAGCAACAGCAACAGCAACAGCAACAGCAACAGGAGGUGUCAUCAUUUCCUACGGCAGUAAGAUCAUACGUUGGUCCAAAAAGAGGACGAAAGAGAAAUAUUGGUGCAACAACUGUCAGACCGGAACCCGAAACGAAGAAACAGCCGGUCUUUGAUUCGAAAGCUGUUAGAGAUAAAGAAAACGACAAGGAAAAAGAAAGUAAAAAUGAUCAGAUACAGUUGCAAGAAUUUUAUUAUGCCACCAUGGAGGGUGAUAAGACUAUUUUGUUAAACGAGCACAAAUAUUCAUUGUAUUUCAAGUGUUUCCUCUGUGCGUCAACGAUGCGUUCUAACACAGAUGUGAUCGAACAUACGAUUGGUCAUGUGCCGCCCCAAGUUCCCGGUCAAUCCGAUUCCCCUGUCUGUCGAUAUUGUUGUACAGCAUUUUCCUCUCAACAUCAAAUGAUUACACACGUGACGGAAGCGCACAGUAAUUUCGGUCAUUCAGACAGCGAUAUGGUUGUUUGCGCCAUUUGCGAACAAAAGUUCGGCAAUAGUGGCCUCCUUAUCAGUCAUUUGUCGUCGAUGCAUUAUCCCUCGGAGAUGCCGUAUCGGUGUGAGAGUUGUGGUUACCGUACUUCCAGUCAUAAAGAUGCGAUCGAUCAUUUUUAUCGAGUUCACGAAAAGGGCCAAGAUUUACAAUGUCCUUAUUGCUUGAAGGUAAUACGGUUCGUAAACGAAGGCAAUCCGAGUGUUACCAGCGUUUACGCGUUUCUCUUGCAUAUGCAGAGGCAUGUUAUUCGAAGGGAACAAGGACGAGGAAACAAAUGUCCGAGAUGUUGUCUCUGGUUCAAUCAGAAGAGUUGCUUGAAAAUUCAUCAAAGAGAAUUACACGAUUGCGUCUCUGGUUCGAAAGUAAUACCGUAUUCGUGCAGUAACAACGGUAUAAUGAUAUCGAAACAACGACCGCAGAAUAGACGAUUCGAUAUCGAAAGUCCUCUUACCGAGGACUUACCAUACGACGAAAAAGUUAAAAAAUGGAUCACCGGUCCGAUAACAGUGAACGUUCCGGUCGAAAAUCUCUCCUGUCAAGAAUGCGAGGAGGACAUCGACGAACAAAACCAUUAUCCAGGUGAACAGAGAUGUCAACAAUGUCGUUACAUAACUUGUUGUUGGCGAGCGUUCAAAGAACAUCAACAACAAAUUCAUAACGAACGACCGAUGACCAGUUUGGUAGUUCCCUCUCCGCUCGUUAAUAUCCCCUUAGACAGAAAGAUGCAAUGUUCGUGUGGUUAUACGACAACUGAUGGAAACCAGUUAGCUACGCAUUUGAUUAAAUGCGGAAAAGUAUCUGCUUAUCCGCUAGAGGAUACGGUACCACCUGGCAUGUUGAACAGUUUAGGUUUAGUUCCAAGAAACAAUUCGGACGAACUGGAUCUGGAUGGUAGUAAUAAAAGGACUAAUUCACAUUAACACAUACACACAGCGAAUCUCGUUGAUCGUAAAUUUAUAUCAAAGUCGUCAAGUUAGAGUGAAUUAAAUUUGAGAGGAAAAAUACAAAAAAUACAAAAAAUAAAAUAAAACAAAAUUCGUCUCUACCUUAUUAAAAAAAAAAAAAAAAAAUAAAUCUAGGCCAGACAUCGAACACGGUAUACUGACAUGCAUAAUCACACAUAUAACAGGCCAAUAAUAUCAGAGAAGGAA